GCAGUUUCACCACGUCUGCAUUUAUCAUAAUGGACGGCAGCAGCACCUAGAAUAAUCCGUCGCAUCGAUUGUGACGUAUCGGAUAUGCAGCAGAGCUCCCCCCCUUAUUAUGCUGCUCUCCAUCCUCGGUGGCGUAGUUUCUUGCUUGAGCUGGUCUUUUUGUCGGCUUUCACGAACGCUGGCAGACACUGCAUCGUCAAUCAGGUCAUCAUCCACGAAAACUGGCUGCCAGUCAGAUAAGUUGUUUUUUGUUUUGUCCAUUUUCAAGCCCGUCUGCCUUCAGAUCGAUCGCACCAUAUUCCAACAGCGCAUACAACACUUCUGGACGGUGCGAACUCAGUAUGGAUAGGCCUCGGGUUCUGCCGCGAUCCGCUCGUCUGUCAGCAUUUACUCUCCAUCUAUUUACUCCGUUGUCUUUUUCGACUUGGAAUGAUGGGCAAGCAUGGGGAAUUUCGCUCUUAUAACCAAUUGACUGGAAUGCCAAGGACCUUUCCUGGAGACCAGCCAAGCUCGUUUGUUCACUCAAACAUCACCUUUCUUUAGACCAAAGAAAACACUCACCACACUUGUUGAGCCAUUUGGAGUCACUUUCGGGUGCGAUAUGCGUCUUAUACUGGACUGAUGAAUCGUGUCUGUUCGUUGCUUCCUUGGUUCUAUCUCAAACAGGCGUUGUGUCACACAAUUCGCAAGAUAUAUUAGAUUCCUUGUCAGCAUGUACUCCUAACAAGCGCCAUGCGUCUUCGUAGACGCCAGCACUACCGAAGAACUUACUGCGCUGGGUAACACAUGAGAUAUCGCGCUUCC